AUGGAGAAAAAAAACAUUGACGAUUUCUCACCGGAAUGUUUACCGGUAAAUGUUUUAGCACCACCACCACCUCCUCCUCCUCCGGUAAAAUCAAGAAGACAAAGCUCUGUUUCAACAGCUACAAGAGAUUCAUGGGAUCGUAUGUUCGAUGAAGCUCAUGGAGCUGAUGUUUUGAUUCAUACAGAUAAUAAUGGUUUGAUUUACGCACAUUCUAAUGUCAUCGGAAUGGCUUCAGAUGUAAUCAAAGGAAUGAUGAAGCAAGAUAAGAGAAAACCUAAUCGUAAAUCGAUAUCGAUCCUCGGUGUUCCUCACGACGCUGUUCGAGUUUUCAUUCGGUUCUUAUACUCUUCUUGCUAUGAGAAACAAGAUAUGGAAGAUUUCGGAAUGCAUCUACUUGUGUUAUCUCAUGUCUAUGUGGUUCCGCAUUUGAAACGAUUGUGCGAAUCGCAAUUCGAAAACUUUUUGCUCAACAAAGAGAAUGUGAUUGAUGUGUUUCAGUUAGCUCUUCUAUGUGAUGCUCCUCGUCUCGGUCUUAUAUGUCAUAGAAUGAUUCUAAAGAGCUUCGAAGAAGUUUCUACUUCCGAAGGAUGGGAAGCGAUGAAACAAAGCCAUCCCGGACUCAAGAAAGAGCUUUUACGAUCAGUCGCUUACGAGCUUAACAUUUUGAAGCAAAGAAACAGGAAACAGAAAGAGAUGCAGAUAUAUUCUCAGUUGUAUGAAGCAAUGGAAGCUUUUGUUCAUAUAUGUAGAGAUGGAUGCAGAGAAAUCGGUCCAACAAAGAUCGAAACCUCCCAUGUCUCGUGCGGGUUUCAAGCAUGUAACGGCUUAGAGAAGCUCUUAAAACAUUUGGCGGUAUGUAAACUAAGAUCGAUCCCCGGUGGUUGUAGCCAUUGCAAGAGAAUGUGGCAACUUCUCGAGCUUCAUUCGCGUAUUUGUGUUGACUCGGAACAAUGUAAAGUCCCUCUUUGUAGUAAUCUCAAGGAGAGAGUGAAGAAACAAAGCAGGAAAGAUGAGAAAAGAUGGAAACUUUUGGUGAAGAAUGUGUUGAAUACUAAGAGAAUUGGAGGAUCUAAAUUCUUUUUGCAGGCGAUUGAUGUUACUUUGUGA